AUUGGCAGUGUGUGAGUGAUGUCUGAUAAAGUGCUGCGGAGGGUUGCUGUAUGGAUGCAUGAAUGUGUGAUGGAAAAAGGGAUUUGAGUGGUCAUCAAGACUAUAAAGAGUUCUAUAAAUACAGACCAUUUCCCAUUUCCUAGGGACUUAGACUCUAAUACAACCACUACUACCCUACACCCUAACCUCUACCUUAACCUUAAUCUAACCCUAAACUUGACACUGCUUCUUUUUCCCUAUUGGACAAUAUGGGCUGGUCUUUAAUCUGGAAGUGUUUGCGUAACAGACAGACACGCCUACACAGGUUUGGUCAGUAGCAUAGACUGUGGUCAGUAGUCACAAGAUAUCCAAUCUAUGGUGCCUGCUGACUGCCUGACUACUGUGUACCUAUGAGGUGGAGUGAUCUGCAUUAGCACUAAAGCGGCUGUGGACUGUCGUCAUGGCCGCGGUGGAGCAGUGUGACUUGUCUCUCAUGAGUCUGGAGGAUGAGCUGACCUGCAGCAUCUGUCUCAGCCCCUUUGACUGUCCGGUGACCAUCCCCUGCGGACACAACUUCUGCCAGAGCUGCCUGCUCUCCACCUGGACGGAGAUCUACAGGUGUCCCCAGUGUCGGACCCUCUUCCCCACCAAACCCGAGCUGAAGAAAAACACGGUCCUCAGCACCGUGGUGGAGACCUUAAACCUGAGGUUGGUCCGGAGCGAGGUGGGCCUGCCAGCAGAGGAGAAAGAGACCGAGAAGGAGACCGAGAAAGAGGCCAAUGAAGAUGCAGUCAUACGUUGUGACACUUGUAUGGAUGCAGAGGCGGCCCACACCUGCCUCACCUGCAUGGCCUCUUUCUGCGAGGAGCACCUGCGUCCUCACCGGGAGAACCCGGUGUUCCGUCCCCACCAGCUGAUUGAGCCAGUCGGGGACCUGUCGGAGCGCUUCUGCCCGGACCACCACAAGCUGAUGGAGCUCUUCUGCAGCCAGCACGUCCGCCCCAUCUGCAGCCUCUGUCUCCAGAAAGACCACAAAGGCUGCUCCUUCACUUCUCCUGAGGAGCAGAGGCAGCUCAAAGAGUCUGAACUCAUGGACAAGUUGGGUUUGCUGGACGGGAAGAUCAAGACAACUGAGACAGUUUUGUCUCAGACGAACAAAAUGCACAGCAAGCUGAAGAAUGCUGCAGCCAAAAAAAGGAAGGCAUUGACAGCUGUGUAUCAGCAGAUGCGGGAAAUGUUGGAACAAGAGGAAUGCAAGGCCCAAAAUGAGGUGGAGCGCGAGCUGGAGAUUGGUCAGGCAAAACUAGAGGAUUUCAUGAAGAAGUUAACUGACAACGCUGCACAGAUGAAAAAAGCCAAAGAAGAUUUCAGCUGUCAGCUGAGUCGCUCCCAAACCCUGAAAUUUCUGCAGGCUUCAUUUGACUUGCCAAAGGUUGUAAAGUUUGAGCCUCAUGAGCCUCGAGUCAGCCUGGACUCCAGGAAGGUGACUUUAACUCAGACCUUCGCUGGAGCAUUGAAGUUUCAUCUGACAGAGAUCCUCAAACAGCCUGUUGAGGCCAGACUACCAAUCAUUAAACCAGUUCGACCAGAGCCUCCCAGGCCCCACACCCCCAUAUUCCCGUCAUAUCCUGUACCUCGCUAUAACUACAUGGGCUCACCCUCAGGCUGGAGUUCACCCCAGUAUGGACAUGGCAUGUCAACAGGCUAUAACUGGGCUCCGCAAAAUCAACAUCAAAAGACAAACCGAACCAGAAAACCUCGAAACACGACAGGAAAAAGGAUGCAAGCCCAUUCCAUGGAAAACCUGUUGGAGUUGGAUUUUUCGGCUGCACCUCAACCCAGUGAGAAACCAGAUGAAGACAAAAACCAACCCGGAUCUGCAGAUGGAAACAAGCCAGACCUGAUCUGAUUUCACCGAGAAGGAUGAUCCCGACAGCAAUCCCCCUUCUGAGAAAUCAACUACACGCCAUGGACAGUCUAACUAGAUGCAGCAGCAGAUGUAUUUGCUUCUGCAGUCGUAGUACUCACAUCUCACGUUCCCUCGCUGUAGCAUAGAAAUGUGGAAAUUACUCACUGAUUCAGACAACAGGGAUUGAUACUGAUGUAAUGCUUAAACCAGGGGUUGUCAACCUUUUUCACUUUAAGGCCCACCUUUUCAUACAUGUAGUUAUCCAGGGCCCAUUAACACAUAUAUACCUUAUUAUUUUUGGCUAAUUGAUUCUAGUCUUUGUUAUAUCUUAAUUGUAGUAAAUAUGUACAUCAAAGCCACUCCCUGUUUUACAGAAAAAAAGCCAUCAAACACAGUUCUUUAAAAAUGAAAUGGGUGUGACAGAAGCCAAAAAAACAAUAUCUCUGCCCAGAGGGAUUUAUUGUACAAAAGUGUAUGUAAACCUGCAACACACAACAUCCUAUAUUCAUAUGAACUGACAGUAUCUGAUGAAGUACAACCCAACAGUAUGAUUCAUUAGCCACAGCAAACAAGGACCAAGCAGCUGGUUUUCAAUGCACAGUUUGGAGUUUGAAAUCAAAGAGAUCAUAGACCUUUUCUGUGUUUGGAGUCCAUUUCCUUUGGAAGAAGCCGACUGGCUUCCCGGCAGGGUGAGUUGGGUGUCUGGUCUCAAGAUGCCGCUUUAGCUUGGAAGGCUUCAGCGCCUCGUGUGAAAUCACAUCCGGGCUGUACCUGGGAGGUUUUCUGGUGUUAGUAGCGUUGGGUUAAGUCGAACUUUUCCAUCACUCCAAACACUAUUAAGUAGCGAUUAGCUGUUAGCAUUAGCUCACCUGUGCACUGGGCGUCUCAAGCUGAUGACGUAUGCGACCGUCGCGGCCCACGAGUAUCAAAUAAAAAA